ACAGUGGCGCUCAGCAAAGCUCAACGUUGUCUUUGCAGACGUCAGUUCUCCCAAAACAUGCGUGUGCCGCUUCGGCAACCGAGACUGUGAAGUGUAAUUUACUCAUAAAUAUCUCUUCAAUCCUUUUACAAAUCACAGCCUCAAUAUGGUUAAAAAGCCGAAGAAGGCAGUAACGAAAGCAAAAAAGGUUGCCCCCGCCCCUCUUGCUGAGAAAGUCAAAAAGAAGGAGAAGAAAACUAACCCACUCUUCGAAAAGCGGCCGAAGAACUUUGGAAUUGGUCAGGAUAUUCAGCCGAAAAGAGAUCUAAGUAGAUUUGUCAAAUGGCCCCAAUACAUCCGCAUACAGCGACAAAAGGCAAUCCUGCAGAAAAGAUUGAAAGUUCCUCCACCAAUCAAUCAAUUCUCUCAAUGCUUAGACCGGCAAACUGCCACUCAGUUAUUCAAAUUGUUGAUGAACUACAGGCCAACUGAACCUUUAGCAAAGAAGCGUAUGCUCAAAAGUCGUGCAGAAAGGAAGGUUGCCACCAAACAAGACACUACACCCAAGAGGCCCGUAGUUUUGAGACAAGGUGUCAAGACAGUUGUCACUCAAGUUGAGCAGAAGAAAGCUCAACUCGUUGUCAUUUCACAUGACGUUGAUCCCAUUGAGUUAGUCGUAUUUUUGCCUGCACUUUGUAGAAAAAUGGGCGUACCAUACUGCAUCGUCAAAAGCAAAGCACGCUUAGGCCGUGUUGUGCGAAGGAAAACUUGCACAGCCGUGUGUUUGACCCAGGUGAAAGCUGAAGACAAACCACAGCUUACAAAAUUGUUAGAAGCCAUCAAGGCUAACUUCAAUGACCGAUUCGAUGAAAUCAAACGUCACUGGGGUGGUGGUGUUUUGGGCCCCAAAGCUGCGGCAAGAGUGGCCAAAUUAGAAAAGGCGAAAGCUAAAGAACUGACAACCAAAACAAAAUAACUGUGACCUGUUAUUUUUAUUAAUAAAUUUUUUAUUAAUUUUGACAA